UGGGACUUGAGUCCGUAUUUCGUAUUGUAAACAUAAAAAUGUGAGCUGGUAUGAUGACGAUAAAAAAAAAAAUCCUUGAAUCUCAACAGGACAUUUCCCGACUGAGUCUGGCGUUGUCAGGGCAACGCCUAAACACUCUCGACAUGGCGUCGCUUCUAACAGAUCCAUUAUUUGAGACCUGUGGACGGGGUCCUCCGCCAAUUAAAGAUUAUUAUCACUUUUUUGUCACCAAGUCAGAAAUAAUAUGGAGAUGGUGGAAGAUCUCCCCAAGAAUGGUGGACAGACAAACCAAGCCUGGAGAGGUGAAGGAGUCUCUCAGUGACUUCUUGGAGGACGCUGAUCUACAGAGAGAAGUCAGAGUGGUUUUUGGAGAUCGUGUCUUGGAGUACACCAAGGCUUUGUGCGAAGGCCAUUACAAUUAUCUUGAUCGGCUGUCUGACUCCCUCCUUCUACGGAUAAUAAACUUUCUGGAGCUUGAGGAUGUGGUUCAGCUUGCAUGGACCUCACACAAGUUUCAGCAGCUGUGCGAGUCAGAGGAGUUCUGGGAGCGGGCAAUGCGUCGCCGCUGCUGCAGCAUUUCUGACGAAGUGGCGUCUCUGGCGAAUGAAAUAGGCUGGCGCACCGUUUUCUUCACCAACAAGUUACAUCUGCAGAAGCUGCUCAGCCGCAGGAGGCAGACGACUGAGGAGCAACAGGAAGACCCCGGAACCGAUGAGGUUGCACAGUCACAGGACUCUUCCUCUGGAAGCUCUAAGGAGGAAAUUAUCGCUGGUGCUGGAGCUGAUCCAGACUUUGACAACACUGAUCCACACAUUGACAACAUCUCCGACCAUAAUGCCACCUCUGGUUCAGAGGUUGGAGUAUGAGUCCAUCAAACUCCUUUGCUGACCCCUUCAGGGACAACGUCAAGUUGUCUGAGGUUGAGAAUUGCCUCAAAACGGGAAGUUGAGCAGGGGGCGGGAGGGAGCACAAAACCAAUCUGACUGACUUAAACGUCAUUAAAAUUUCAGCUCAAUUCUUAUAGUUGUAUUGCUAACAUGUGUGAUUAAAUAUCUGCUUAGAUUCAGUUGAA